CUGAUGAAAAGCUCAAAUGUGAUUGGUUGAAAUCAGAUCGAUCGUCUGCGAGGGUUUGCAGAAAAAUGGAAUUGUAGAUGGGGGUUUUGAAUUAUCUUUGAUUCAUGUGUCCUUGUAAACAACGGGCGUACUAUUCUGUACUUUCUGUCGCGAUUGGCAGAUAGACAGAACAAUUAAGGUUUUAGUUUAUUUUCUUCAGAGUGGAUAUUUACUAAAAGGUAAUUUGCCAGAAUGAGAGAAUUUUUGUUAUUACCGGUUAUUCUUACAUUCCUACAAUUUAGACAGAGUCAAUCAUUUUCUGUUCAAAAACGACACACAAAGUCAAAUUCAGAUUUAGAUAAUGCUUUAGAAGUGUUGAGAAGAAAACGGAGACGGAUUGAUGAUUCUAAUAUACGAACAAUGUAUGGAGAUUUAGCAAGUCAGUAUUUGCCUUAUGAUGAAUAUGUCCCAGGUGGAUAUAACGAAGAUGAUGUUGAAAAGGAAGAUCUAGCAGAUCAGUAUCAACUUGCUAAAAUCCUCAAUUCAUAUCAAGACCAAUAUAGAGAUGACACCGAUAAUACUAUUACACAAGAUCAGUCGAGUGAAACGGAAACACCAACAAUUGAGGAAAUUAAAGAGAUGUUUGAUGAGAUUGAUAAAAAUGACGCAAAGGAUAAAGUCGAACGAUCAGAUUCAAAACCUGAUAAGAAAAGUGAUAAAAUUUCACAACAACAAAUGGAUGAACUCUUAUCUGAAGCAGCAAAAGUUCCCACUGAUAAUACAAAACCGUCAGUAGAUGAAAAAAGCAAAGGAAAUACACCAGAACCGGUUUCACCUGACGAGCUGAAAGAUGUCUUUAAAGACACAAAAACUCAGGAACAACAAGACGAUCGGGGGAACGCAAACGUCGGAUCAAUUAGUCAAGAAUACGUUAAUAAUAACCAAGGCAAUUCUUUACAAAAAAAGAAGAAACGUAUGGCAAAGCGAGAUAACAACUCAGAAAAAGAAGAAGAGACAAAAGAUGAAAUGCUUUUAAAUCUUGUCCAGGAAGUACAAGAACUACGUGGAAAGGUUGCUAAGCUACAGCUUGUAGAAUAUCUUGAAGACAAAGAGAAUGAUUAUUUAGCAUCUGCUUUGAAAGCAGCUACACUAGCUCAACUAGGAAAAGCUGAACCAUAUCUUGAAGAUGAAUACGGGGAUAUUCAGAAAGCUCUCGACAUAGAAGAGACCCUUCAAGCUAUUAAAGAAGCAACUGAAGGCCCAGAGGAAGACGAAGAGGAACCAGUUCAAGAAGUUACUGAAAAACGUAGUCAGCCGCCUUUUGAAGACAACCUAGGUGUGUGGUAUGAUGAACCUGUCCCUGGCCAAGAACAAGGAGAUGCUCAACAGAAGUUAGAGGACUUUGUCAAGCAAUACAGACAAAGAUAUGAUGUGGAAGACGAAAAUGAAAACGAUGUUGAAGAUGAAAGCAUUGUUCCCGAAAACAUGCCUGUUCCAGUUCUCCCGACUACAGAAGACAUCUGUCCACAGCUUGACCUUUUAACCUCAAACUGUGAGGUUGCUUCUUUACUUGAUAUUGACGAUGAAGCAAGAGAUUUGUGUAACAGACAUGAAGUUUGUUAUAUCUGUGGUGCAACUGUAGGAUUAACUCAACAAGACUGUGAUACUGGGUUCCGUUCAGAAACAGUAGAAAGAUGUAGAACCAGUCAUUGUAUACAGUCCGGAGCAGAGUUCUUGUGGUUUAUCAAGCAAGACCACAAAUUCACCAACAGUUUCAUUGAACAAUGUGAUGCUGCAUGCGUUAAAAAAUACAUCGUUGGUGAAUAGUAUUCAUCAUUCGUGAUCAUUGCACACUUGAUAAUGAAUAUGUGUGAUGUGAUAUACAUGAUAAUGAAUGAAAAGUUAAUUGGCAUAAAAUGCAGGGUUAACAUGAAAGGCAAACUGUCCAAACUUAUUUCAAAUUUCAUAUAUUAUUGACAGUGUAUAUACAUACUGUAUACAAAUAACUUUCAGUCACAGUGUACAACCUUUUCUCUUAUUAUUUUAAUUCUCUAAAUUACAUUCAAUAAGCAGACUGAGAAGGUUUAAAGAUGGCAUUCAAAGUCGGCAUUUAAAACAAAAUGUCAAAAAAAGUUAUAAAACACAUUUCAGCAAAAAAAUUACAAAAAACUCAAAUAUCUUUAAAUAUGUGGUACAGGUUAUGAUGAACACUUUGUGUCCCAAUGUGGCUGCAACGAUAUUUCUUUUAGAUCAAAUUAAAAUUAAAAAAGUGUAUAACAAUAAAUGUCUAUUUCACAAAGCAUGUCACAAAGCAUGACUCUACGUCUCAAAACCUCUAAAUAAACUUCAAUGAUUUGCUUGUAAAGAUAUAUGUUGUGGUAAGUAACAUUGUGUGUUUUCUGCUAUCUGCAAAAAUAAAAACGUUUUUUUUUGUAAAAAAAAAUAUACGCAGUAUUUGUUUGAACUCUAUGACUAAGUUAAUUUUAGUAUUUGAUUCUGUAACCAAAGACAGAUAACUCUUUUCCGUAAAAUCUAAAUUUUUAAUAGGAUUUAUUUAGACAUCAUCAUGAAGGUUCAAAUAAAACGUGAAACAAAAUUUAAUUGUAGAAUAAUUAUGCAUUUCAAUCCUACUUCUUAAGUUUGUCUUUAAAGCAAAGCAAAUACACAAACUAGAGAUAGAUUUUAUAUUUGACCAUUAGCUAUAGUCUAGUAUUUGUAUGCUUUGUUACCAAUGUGUUUUUUCUGAAUAAAGAGAUUAUGAACGUU